CGGUUUUCCUUGCUAUUGCUCCUGUAUCUGACCUCUGAAGGCUCCAGAUAUCCAGUUUCUAAUCAAAGAUAAUCAGGUCGGAUGUGCUGUGUCUGCAGGCUACAUCUGCUGAACCAUGCACACCAUGCAGAGGAGUCCCUGCUCCGCCGUGGAUGUAGCCGGCCAGCAGAAUCACACGAGCGAAGCAAAGUCGUCUAAUAACUUUGAAGCCCUAGGAUGCCAUGAGCAGCUGGAUCCAGAGGACAGCCAGGACUCUGAGGACCCCAGAGAAUACUGUUAUGGUGGAUACCACCCUGUCCAGAUAGGUGACACCUUCAACAGAAGAUACCAGGUGGUGUCCAAGCUGGGCUGGGGCUGUUUCUCCACUGUUUGGCUGUGUCUGGACCUCAGGCUAGGGCGGCGCGUUGCUGUGAAGGUGCUGAAGAGCGGAGCUGGCUUCACUCAGGCAGGACAGGAUGAACUUGCUCUCCUGCGAUGCGCUAGUGGUCCUACGAGGCGGCAUCCCUCCAGUCAAAAGAUCGUUCAGCUGCUAGAUGAGUUCAAGCUGGCCGGGGUCAACGGGGUUCACAUGUGCCUGGUGCUGGAGCUGUUGGGGCCUGACCUGAGAGACUGGCACAAAUGUUUUGGAAAUCCUGGACUAACGCGGCCAUCGGUCAAACAAAUACUAACUCAGGUUUUGCAGGGCCUGGAUUACCUUCACACUCAGUGUAAAAUCAUCCACACAGACAUCAAGCCUGAGAACAUCCUGGUGUGUCUGGAGGAGCAGUCCCACAAAGUACCACCAGAGGACAGCAGCCCCUCUGAUUCCUCAGGCACCGUUUUUUUUUAUUGCUACACAUGCUGAAGAUUGUUUGACAGUGAAGUCUCAAAAGUGGACAAGAAGGAGCUGAACCCACACAGUUUAAAGGAAAUUGCAGUGAAAAUUGCUGACCUGGGAAGCUCCUGCUGGGUGUACAAACAUUUCUGUGAGGAGAUUCAAACUCGUCAGUAUCGCUCACUGGAAGUUUUACUGGGAUCUGAGUAUGGCCCGCCUGCUGACAUCUGGAGUGUCGCCUGCAUGGCCUUUGAGUUGCUCACUGGAGACUCCCUGUUUGAACCCAAAGCUGGCAAGUCCAUUUCCCUAGAGGAAGACCAUAUAGCCCAGAUCAUGGAGCUGCUUGGUAAAAUUCCACCAGUUGUUGCCUUCUCGGGUAAAUACUCUGCCGAGUACUUCAGUCGCAGAGGUGACCUGCGUCGUAUUGGUCCACUGAGGUUCUGGAGACUCUAUGAAGUUCUGGUGGAGAAAUACCACUUCCUGUUGGAGGAUGCCACUGGUUUCUCGGACUUCCUUCUUCCCAUGUUGGAUUACCAUCCAGAGAGGAGGGCCACCGCUGCACAGUGCCUCCGCCACCCAUGGCUGACCUCCUGAUAGCCUCCAAAAGGCCGUAGAGGCCUUGUCCCAGUCUGCAGUCUUCACAACCAGACGCUGUCAGCAGCUUGAUCCGGCCAGUUUCUGAACACACUACCUUGAACCCAAUCCUUCAGAUUUUGAGUUUUUUAUACUAAAAGAGCUAUGUAGAAGACUGUUUGUAUUUCCUUCACAGAUUUGUAAAUUCCUGUGGAAUGGGCUGUUGUCCUUUAUUCAACACCAGAUUGAGGAUAUGAUGCUCUUUUCCACUGGAGCCCAUU